CGGUCCUUCAAUGCAGUUCACUCUUUUAAAUUUACUUGACUUUCGAAUAUAGAAUAUAGAGCGCAAAUCAUGGAGGAUCUGGUGAAGAUGUGCCGAGUUUGCAUGGGCGAGGCGGAGGAGCUCCGAGACAUCUACGACAACAAGAGUUUGGGGGACGAGCUAUCCGUCGAGCUGAAGAAGUCCAAGGAACCGGAACCCACGCCGGCCGAUCUGAUGAAGAACUGCAGCUCAGUCCCGGUUUCUUCUGGCGACUGCUUCCCCCUGAAGAUUUGCGAGCCCUGCCUGAAGAAAUUGCGCCAGGCUCUACUUUUUAAAAGGCGUUACGCAAAGAACACGGAAUUCUGGGGACGCGUAAAGUCUGAGCGAAAAGACCAGGAGACACUGGAUAUCCUGGAGGCCGAGGACUGGAAUCUGGCGGAUCGGAUCAAAGAAGAAGUCGAGGAAGAGGACGAGGGCGACCUGCAGGCGAAGAAGAAAACGCCCAGUAAGCCGGAGGAAAAACCGCGGCCUUUCAAGUGUGCCGACUGUCCGAAAAGUUUCACCGGCAAAGCCCAGCUCACCAUGCAUAGUCGCACCCACUCAAAAAGAUCAACUAGGGGAAAACGACGGUCUCUUAAAUAGUAUCCUCCAUCUGAGGACUUCGAAUUUUUAGGUUAGGCACUUGGCAAGCCAAAUAUACAUAUAUUAAAUGUUUACAACCCAGACAAAGAGGUAGAACUGCUUUCGCAAUCUAGAUAAGCGAAUCAUCUUGUUAACCACAUUUUAAGAU